UGGCUAUAACGCGUUCACAAUUCUUUUAAACAGACAAAUAUGACACAAAAAUACACGCGUCUAUUUACCAACUGGAUUUCAAUAUUUUGAUUUUUGAAAAGUCAAACUGUUACAUACAUAUCUAACUUCAACUCAAUUUUGAUUUUCCAACUAUACUGUUAACUAGGACUCAACGACAAUGUUGUUAAGAGCUAGUAAGAGGGAAAAGUUGAAACAACUUAGAGAAGCUAGGAAAUCUGGAACUAGUAACUUUAAUGUAUCUGAUGAUGAACAGGAAGAGAUUUAUGAUGAAGUGGAUGAAGAGACUUAUAGAGAACAUAAAAGAAAACAAUUGAUGAAUGAUGAUUUUAUCGUUGAUGAUGAUGGUGAAGGAUAUGUUGAUAAUGGGGUGGAUGAAUGGGAUGAUUCCACUAGACCUAAAUAUUAUUCAGAUGAAGAUGAGGAUGAUUCAUUAUCAAGAAAGAAGAGAAAACAUAAACAGCAACAGAAACCAAUCAAAGUAUCAAAAACUGCCAAUAUUAGUAAUUUCUUUAGACCGUCAACCACUAAUAAUGUUGCUCAAGUUGAAAGGAAAGAAGCCAACAUUGAUGAUAUCUUAGAUGACUUUCAAGAUGAACCAAUAGUUAAGAAACAAAAAAGGAAAAAUCAAUUCAAUGUAUUUAGUGGUAAUAACGGUAAUGCUAUAAAGAAAAAGAAUAAGAAUACGUUUAAUUUUUCAACCGCUACAAAGAAAGAGAAAGACACAUCAAGGGAUGACUUAGAUGAUUAUUCAAUGGAUAUGGAUGAUCAACCUUCUUCACCUGUUAAAGUAAUUGAUAACGAUUCCCAAAAUAGUGAAAAGGAAAACAUUGUACCUCAAGAUGGAAAACCUUCAAGUCCAAUAAAACAUGAGAAUAACAAAAGUGAUGUAGAAGAUGAAGUAGAAGAUGAUUCAGAAGAUGAUUCAGAAGAUGAUAUAGUAGUAACUAGAAGACCUAGAGCUGCAGCUGUUCUCGGUAGAAACAAUAGAGCUACAUUCUCAUCAGUUAAAGCAAAGGAUAUUCAAUCUUCUUCACCUUUAAGACAUGCUGAUACAUCUUUUGUUAAUCAUAAUGAAAAAUUAGAUAAAGAAAUAGUUAUGAAAGAAUCAGAAUCAAAUUCAUUCAAGAUGUUCUGGUUAGAUUAUAGUGAAGUCGAUGGUACGUUAUUAUUGUUUGGUAAAGUGUUAGUAAGUGAAGGAAAAUAUGCAUCUGCUGUUGUCCAAGUUAAUGGUUUAUGCCGUGAAAUUUACUUUUUACCAAGGAAAUAUCGAUUAGUCGAUGGUGAAGAGGAUAAAGAAGAUGAAAUCACUCCAGAAGAUGUCCACGAAGAAAUUGUUCCUUUAUUAAUUGAAAAGUAUGGUUUAGAACAACUUAGAGCAAGACCUGAAAAAAUGAAAUAUGCCUUUGAACUUCCUGAUGUUCCAAAGACAGAAACCGAAUAUUUAAAAGUAUUGCUUCCAUUCAGAACAAAGAAGAAUAGAACUGUAGUAAUGCCAUCCGAAUUAGAAGGACAAACCUUUAAAAGAGCAUUUGGAACAAACUCAAAUAUUUUUGAAGCAUUUGUAUUACAACAAAACAUUAUGGGUCCUUGCUGGUUAGAGAUUUCCAAUGGUGAUUUCAACGCUAUUCAAAAUUCAUCCCAUUGUCAAAUUGAAGUUGCUGUAGGAGCACCAAAAUUUGUUAAUCCAAUUACUGAAGGUAAAAUUCCAGAACCUCCAAAUUUAACCAUAACUUCUAUUGCUGUUCAAACUUGUAUGAAUUCAAAACAAAAUAAACAAGAAAUCGUCUCAGUUUCUCUUGCUACAUAUCAAAAUGUUCCCCAAGAUGCUCCUAUUGAAGAAAGUUUGCAACCCGAUUCAACCAUGACUCUUGUUCGUCCAAUAGGUACUUCGGCUAAUAUUCCACCAGGUUUAUUACAAUUGGCUCAAAAACAAAAUAUCAACGUUAAAACAUUCCCUAACGAAAAGGUGUUAUUAAACUUUCUUGCUGGAUAUGUUAAGACCGUUGACCCUGAUGUUUUCGUUGGUCAUAGACUUGAGAAUAUUUCCCUUGAUGUUUUAGUGCAGAGAAUGCAUGAUCUUCAAGUGUAUACUUGGUCGACUUUUGGACGUCGUAAUAGAAAAUCAUGGCCUGAUAGAUUUAAUAAAAGUUCAUUUAAUAACAAUUUAUUGAUCAGAGAAGUUUUUCAAGGUCGUUUACUUUGUGAUGUUGCUAACGAAUUAGGUCAAUCAUUAACUCCAAAAUGUCAAUCAUGGGAAAUUGCUGAAAUGUAUGAUGUGGUAUGUCAUAAAGAAGUCAACCCUAUGGAAAUUAAUUUCCUGAAUCCUAAAUUCUCAGAAGAUGCUUCGUUCUUGAUGAUGGCAUUAAAGGAAAACUUCACUAAUGUUAAAAUCACAGCUGAAAUUGCAUUCUCCAUUCAAAUCUUAUCAUUAUCAAAACAAUUAACAAAUAUUGCUGGUAAUGCUUGGUCUCAUACUCUUAGUGGUACAAGAGCUGGUAGAAAUGAAUUUAUUUUGUUACAUGAAUUUAAAAGAAAUAAUUAUAUUGUUCCUGAUAAAGAAGAUAAAUAUCAUAAAAAUUCCACUCAAGUUAAAAUGAUUGAAUCUACUGAGGAUGAUGCAACUACAGCUACUUCGAACAAAAAACCAAAAUAUCAAGGGGGUUUGGUGUUUGAACCUGAAAAGGGGUUACAUAAGAAUUUUGUUUUGGUUAUGGAUUUCAAUUCCUUAUAUCCUAGUAUUAUUCAAGAAUUCAACAUUUGUUUCACCACUAUUGAGAGAGAUCAGUUUAACGUAACACAUGAUGAAGAUCGUGAUAUGCCAGUUAUUCCAGAAAGAGAUAGUACUGCUGGUGUUCUUCCUCGUCUUUUGAGUACUUUGGUCAAUCGUCGUAGAGAAGUAAAGAAACUUUUAAAGGAUCCUAAGAACACACCAUUCCAAAAAGCUCAAUUUGAUAUUAAACAACAAGCUUUGAAAUUAACUGCCAAUUCUAUGUAUGGUUGUUUAGGUUAUGUCUUAUCAAGAUUCUAUGCUAAACCACUAGCAAUGUUAGUUACCAAUAAGGGUAGAGAAAUUUUAAUGGACACUAGACAAUUAGCUGAGUCAAUUGGUUUAAGAGUUGUUUAUGGUGAUACAGAUUCUGUUAUGAUUGAUACUGGUGUAGAUAACUUUAAUGAAGCUUUAAAGAUUGGGGAAGAAUUCAAAUUGAAGGUCAAUGAACGUUAUAGAUUAUUAGAAAUUGAUAUCGAUAAUGUGUUCAAGAGGCUUUUAUUACAUGCCAAGAAGAAGUAUGCUGCCAUGAAUGCAACCAUUAAUAAAACAACUGGUGAAGUUAAUACAACAUUGGAAGUUAAAGGUUUAGAUAUGAGACGUCGUGAAUACUGUCAACUUUCGAAAGAUAUUUCUACGUUUGUCUUGAUGAAGAUUUUGUCUGACUUAGACCCAGAACAAGCACUUGGUGAAGUUUAUGAUUACUUAGAGGAAAUGACUGGUAAGAUAAAAAAUAGAGAUAUUGGGGCUGAAAAGUUCAGAAUAAAUACCAAAUUAUCAAAGGAUCCAGGUAGUUAUCCAAAUGGUAAAUCCAUGCCCCAAGUUCAAGUAGCUUUAAGAUUAAGAAAUGAAGGGAAAGUUAUCAAAGCAGGUGCCGUUAUAACGUAUAUUAUUACCGAUUCAGGUAAGCAAGAUGAAAACUCAACCCCAGCCGAAAGAGCAAGAGCUAUCCAAGAAGUUUUUAGUAAAGGUUCCAAUCUUUAUCCUGAUGCAGAAUAUUAUCUUGAAAAACAAAUCUUCGCUCCAGUGGAAAGAUUGUUGGAGAGAAUUGAAGGUGUUGAUAUGAUGAGAGUUGCAAAAUGUUUAGGUAUUGACACUAAGAAAUAUGUAUUAAGAGUUAGAAACAAUGAAGGACAAUCUGGAGAAAUCAUGCCUUUAGAAUCAAGUAUAUCAGAUGCAGAAAGAUUCAAUAAUUCAAGUUUCUUAGUCUUAAAAUGUAAGUGUGAUAAACAAUUUAGAUUUGGUGGUAUUCAAGCCUCUCAUGAUUAUAACGUUACAUUUAAUGGUGUAACUUGCUCAAGUUGUCAAUACACUUUCCCAAUAUUAAAACUCACAUCACAAUUAGAAAGAACAAUAAGGCAGCACAUUUCAUUAUAUUAUAACGGUUGGUUAGUUUGUGACGAUGCUGCUUGUGGUAUUACAACAAGACAAAUUUCUGUAUAUGGUAAGCGUUGUAUUGGUACAUCAGGAAAAGCCUACGGAUGUAAAGGUAUCAUGAGAUUCAAGUACACAGAUAAGGCAUUAUACAACCAGUUGUUAUAUUUCAAUUCUCUAUUUGAUGUUGAUAAGACCAAGAAGAAUGAAUUAAGACCAAUUUAUAACUUUGAUGAUAAGAAUUUACCAACUAAAUUACCUUCCGGUCAAGUAGAUGCAUUAUCCGAACAAAAUAGGGAGACAUUUAGUGCAUGUCAAGAAGUGGUUAAUAAGUACCUUGAUGACUGUGGUCGUAGGUAUGUUAACAUGAGAUCAAUAUUUGAUUUCAUGACUUAAUUAUAUGUAUAUUAUUUAAAUUAAUAAAUUUCUAAAAGUUUAUCUUCGCAUUUUGGUAGCGUCUAGUCGUGUGGAACACAAAUGUAUUUUUUUUUUUCAGUA